AGAUCAGCUCUAGAGACACGAUGGUGGCGAAAGCCUUCCUCUUGCUGGCACUCUUUGCAGAAGCCUUGGCGAAAUCAUGCACUCCAAAUAAAGCAGACGUCAUCCUUGUGUUCUGUUACCCCAAGACCAUCAUCACUAAAAUCCCAGAAUGUCCCUAUGGAUGGGAAGUGCAUCAGCUGGCACUCGGGGGGCUGUGUUACAACGGCGUCCAUGAAGGUGGCUACUACCAGUUUGUCAUCCCAGAUCUGUCACCUAAGAACAAGUCCUACUGUGGAACCCAGUCCGAGUACAAGCCCCCCAUCUACCACUUCUACAGUCACAUCGUGUCUAACGACAGCACGGUGAUCGUGAAGAACCAGCCUGUCAACUACUCCUUCUCCUGCACCUACCACUCCACCUACUUGGUGAACCAGGCUGCUUUUGACCAGAGAGUGGCCACUGUUCAUGUCAAGAAUGGGAGCAUGGGCACAUUUGAAAGCCAGUUGUCCCUCAACUUCUACACUAAUGCCAAGUUUUCCACCAAGAAAGAAGCUCCCUUCAUCCUGGAAACAUCCGAAAUCGGUUCAGAUCUGUUCGCAGGAGUAGAAGCCAAAGGGCUAAGCAUUCGGUUUAAGGUAGUCUUGAAUAGCUGUUGGGCCACCCCUUCGGCUGACUUCAUGUACCCCUUGCAAUGGCAGCUGAUCAAUAAGGGUUGCCCCACUGAUGAGACAGUUCUCGUGCAUGAGAACGGCAAGGAUCAUAGGGCAACGUUCCAGUUCAAUGCCUUCCGGUUCCAGAACAUCCCCAAACUCUCCAAGGUUUGGUUACACUGCGAGACGUUCAUCUGUGACAGUGAGAAGCUCUCCUGCCCAGUGAACUGCGACAAACGGAAGCGCAUGUUACGUGACCAGACAGGGGGCGUCCUGGUUGUGGAGCUGUCCCUGCGGAGCAGCGGUUUUUCCAGUCUCUGUGAGUUCUCAGCUGUUCUCCAUCACCUCAUCCUGACGCUGGGGAUCCGUGCUGUGCUGUAG